AUAUCCUGAAACAAAUGGAGAAUCCCACAUUUAUUCAGACAUCCUCCAGAUCAACUUAUCCUGGACAUCCUCUAGAUCAACAUGAAGGCUUCACUCACUGUGCUGCUUCUUUCAAGCCUCUGUAGUCUGAACGUCGGCGUCUACAGACUUCACUAUUUCGUGAACGAGACAUUGUCAUUCCAAGAGGCAGAGCAGCGCUGCAUGCAGGACUACGAUUACCUGUCCACUGUCAGAAGUAAAGAUUUAGAGGAUUUAUCCUCCAAUUCUCUACUUAAAGAGAACUUUUUUUGGAUUGGAGUCAAGAGAGACAGUGCAGACAAAAAAAAAUGGAUAUGGUCAGAAGGUGGAGAAGCGACGAUAACAUUUUGGGCAAAGAACGAACCUGAUGGUGAUCAAUGUGGUGCUGUCCAGAAAUCCGCGCAUACUCUGUACGCCAGACCCUGCGGUGUCCGUUUGAGAUUUUAUUGCAUGAAGGUCUAUGAGCUGAUCGUGGUGCAUCAGAAAAGCACGUGGGAAGAGGCCUUGGAAUACUGCAGACAAAACUACCUUGACCUGGCCAUAAUAAACUUAGAAGACAUCGUGGAAGAAGCAAACAUUAGUAGCACAGUAGCUGAUAUGGAUGAAAUGUGGACCGGUCUGCGCUUUAUCGCUGGUCACUGGUUUUGGGUGAACGGAAAAAGAUGUGAUUAUGACGUCUGGUCUUCAGAUGGAGAGAUCCAGUGCCCUGACAUGAACCAGCGCUGUGGGGUUUUUGAUAGAACGCAGGGGGUUUGUAAAUCGGCAGACUGUGAACGGAAACUCAACUUUCUCUGCGUCAAGGAGAAAUACGAUUGACUCGAUUAACCUCAAAAGGAAAACCACGUUACCUAACACAAGAAGCAGCAACCAACCCAUAACGAUGUAGGAGGAAUACGGGUACAUUGAUGCAGGGACUUCAAGCCGUACUGAAUCCAUUCCUUCAGACUCAGACAAGUACUGCAACAU